UUAAUCAGAGAGGAUGCAGCUAAAGCGGUCGGAACGAAAUUGGUUAGUUUUAUGGAUGUGCAACCGUCACAGCAACAAUCGGGUAUUAUCAUCAAUACAAUCACCACAAAAGAACCACUUCCUGCAGCCGUACCACACUCCACCGCCAAUAAUGUACCGAUAGUAGCGCAACCCAACGACUGCAUCACACAAUCCACUGCUGCUACAGCACCAGCGGCAUCGAAAAUCAAUUCUGAAGUUAUCAACAUUCAAUCAGCGAUUCUAAAUUCGAUCAGCAAUGCUACAGCGAUGCAAAACGCAAUGCACUCAGACGUCGUUACUGCACAACACAAUGACUGUGCGCCUCAAGCACCCGUCGCUACAGCCACUACUUCCACUGAAAAUAAUCAAAUUCGACUCGAUCAAUCUACUGCACUCACAUCGAAUGGCGCUCCGAUUCAAGUUAACGCUAUUAAUUCGACGGUCACGGUGAGUCUAUGGUUUUUGAUUAGGGUUCAUGAUGGUUGA